GUUAACGUCCUUGGUACCAUAGCUGCCUCUGGCAAUGGAGGAAAAGAAUCAUCUCAAGAUGCCAUCUGAAGAUACAGAGUCCCCUUGGUCCUGGAUUCCACUGAUGAAAGAUCCUGGCUGGAUCAGAGAUGUCUGGACUCGUAAUGUCAAUGCACAAACCAUGAAUUACGUUGGACAGUUAGCAGGGCAGGUCUUUGUGACAGUGAAGGAGCUCUAUAAAGGAUUAAAUCCGGCCACGUUGUCUGGAUGCAUUGAUAUCAUUGUUAUCCGCCAGCCUAAUGGAAACCUCCAAUGUUCACCUUUUCACGUACGCUUUGGAAAGAUGGGAGUUCUGCGUUCCAAGGAAAAAGUGGUUGACAUAGAAAUUAAUGGAGAAUCUGUGGAUUUGCACAUGAAAUUAGGAGACAACGGAGAAGCAUUUUUUGUAGAGGAAACCGAUGACAAAGAGGAGGCAAUUCCAUACCACUUGGCUACAUCCCCCAUUUUGUCUGAGGGAUCUUCUCUCAUGGAAUUACAGCUGAAGAGAAAUUCUGCUGAUAGGUUAAGGAGCAUGGACACUGCUGGUCCUUCACAGUUACCAAUCCCUACUUCUCCUUCUGCCCCUGAAUCCAUGAUUGCAAGUUGUUCUGUCAAGAAAAGAAGGAAGAGGAGAAGGAAAUCCGCCCAUAAAAUAGAUACUUCAAAAAGAGACGAAAAUGCCGAUACUACUGAAGAUGAAAACAUGUUCCCUAUAGAAAUGAGUUCCGAUGAAGAAAAUGAGCUGCUAGAUACUACUUCCAGAUCAUCUGUCCCUGAUUUCUGCAGGGAUGAAGACAUCGGGGUGGUUUCUUCUAUAAAUGUGCUUGCUCAUCCCCACUCAGAUGGAGAAUGGACAUCCAGACAGAGUAAACCUAGAACUUGCAUAGGGAGGUCCUCUCAUCUCACUGUUCCAGCAGAGGGAAGCUUAUCUAGUUCUUGUCCUGACCGGACCUCCCACUGUCCUGCUGCAGUCAGCCCUUCAGAUUCGCGACCUCUCACUCCUAAAAGUGAUUCUGAAUUAGUCAGUAAACCUCUGGAAAGAAGCGUUGCGAACAAUAAUCCUCAGAUGCAUUGGGACUGGGGAGAACUACCUCAAGCCACAAAGACUGCCAUCCCACACAAGCCAAAAGAAUCCAGCACCUCAGUGACUGUGAAUCCUUCUGGAAGCACUCACUUUCGAGUCAUCCAGAGUACCGAUAUGGAAGAGGUUCAGCACCUCUCUUCCCUGACUGACCUUGGGCAGGAUGAGACGGUGUUGACUGUGGAAGAAAUAGAGCUCCUGGCACCCGAAACAUCCCAAACAGAGAUCGAGACUUUAGGGGCAGCAGCUCCUCCGCUGCCGGCUGGUGAAGAAUUAAAGCCAGCCCCAACGUGCUUGAUGCAGCCAGCCAGCAAAACAGAUUCUCCCUCGAAAAAAAAGGAUAAACGGAGCCGACAUCUUGGUGCUGAUGGUGUAUAUUUAGAUGAUCUGACUGACAUGGAGCCAGAGGUUGCUGCACUCUAUUUUCCUAAAAACGGUGAUCAUAUUCCCCACUCGAAGAACACGUGUGAAAACAGUCCCCGCUCAGCCAAUCAAUCCCCUCAAUCAGUCGGAAGCUCAGGGGUGGACAGUGGUGUCGAAAGCACUUCGGAUGGAAUCCGAGACCUGCCAUCCAUUGCCAUUUCGCUUUGUGGCGGGCUGAGCGACAAUAAAGAAAUAUCCAAAGAAAACUUUUUAGAGCAAGAAGUCUCUUAUCAGCAGUUUGUGGACAACCCAGCUAUUAUUGAUGAUCCUAACCUUGUGGUGAAGAUUGGAAACAAUUCCAUUAUUUAUGUUACCAUCCAUUUAUCACAGGCCACUGUGGAUUCUAUAAUGAGGGAUAAGAUGCCCAAAAAAGGUGGAAGAUGGUGGUUUUCAUGGAGAGGGAGGAAUAACUCUAUCAAAGAGGAGGCAAAGCCAGCACAAGGUCUCAAUGGAAAAGAAGAGACGAGUAUUGCAGACAGAAUCAAAGAUGAUUCUUCUUCAAGUGAUGAAGAUCACCGAGCUAAAAGUGAAACCACCCACCUUCCACUGUUGUCCGGAAUAGGUUAUAAAAAGAGCCUUCGGCUCAGCUCAGAACAGCUGAAAAAUCUCAACCUUAAAAACGGUCCCAAUGAUGUCACUUUUAGUGUCACAACACAAUAUCAAGGAACAUGUCGCUGUGAAGGCACCAUUUAUUUGUGGAACUGGGAUGACAAAGUCAUUAUUUCUGACAUUGAUGGCACCAUCACAAGAUCAGAUACUUUAGGUCAUAUUCUACCUACCCUUGGCAAGGACUGGACACAUCAAGGCAUUGCUAAAUUGUAUCACAAUGUGAGCCAGAAUGGAUACAAGUUCUUGUACUGUUCAGCCCGUGCUAUUGGGAUGGCAGAUAUGACUCGAGGUUACUUGCAUUGGGUGAAUGAGCGGGGAACGGUGUUACCACAAGGCCCUGUGCUAUUAAGUCCCAGCAGUUUGUUCUCAGCUUUUCACAGGGAAGUGAUAGAGAAGAAGCCAGAGAAAUUUAAAGUUCAGUGUUUAACAGACAUAAAAAACUUAUUUCAUCCUAACACAGAACCUUUUUAUGCUGCCUUUGGCAACAGGCCUGCUGAUGUGUAUUCAUAUAAGCAAGUUGGAGUUUCAUUAAACAGAAUAUUCACUGUUAAUCCAAAAGGAGAACUAAUUCAAGAACAUGCUAAGACCAACAUUUCAUCGUAUGUGAGACUUUGUGAAGUGGUGGAUCAUGUAUUUCCCUUGCUGAAAAGAAGGCAUUCUUCAGACUUCCCCUGUUCUGACACCUACAGUCAGUUCACAUACUGGAGGGAGCCACUGCCACCUUUUGAAAAUCAAGAUAUUCAUUCUAGUUUGCCAUAGCUCUUUUGAAACAUCUUGGCGGCAUCUCAACAUCUCAGCUCUUCUGUGCUUCAGUUGUUCAACUGGAUUUUGUGCCUCAAAACAAAAUUGGGGAUGAAGUGGUUUAAAAAAAAAAAUCAGUUCAGAAAUUACCUUUGUUCUUUAAAAACAUUUCUGAAGGUUGUCCAUCCAGCUCUUCACCAGCAUAAUGCUUAAAAGAGGUACCCAAUGCCAUGUGUUCUUUUGAAAGGGACAGUUCCGAGUGCUGUGGUAGUGGGAAGAUCAAAGUCCUCUAUGGUCUUCAGUGUUUCCAUGUGAGCUUUGAAAGCACAGUGGUGUGUUUGCCCCUUGAAGCAUAACCGGCGCCAUUCCACCCACUACUUCUCGGGUAGAGGAAGAGGAAACAACUCUAAGCCUCUGAGGUGUAACCCAUACAUUUUCUAUGCUCCCUGCCCCCCCCCAAAAUGGCCAUCAAUGAAAUACGCUGAGAUCAAGUGAACAAAAUUCAGUCAAUCGAUAAGCUUAACGCAGCAUGGCUGUGAUCACUAGCACUGUACUAGUUUUUAUUGCUAACAGUAUGAUUCUGACCUCCAAUUCUGUCAAUAUUGCCAAAUUGUUCUUUCAAUUUUAUUAUUACGAUGAAAAUCUUUUUUUUUUAAGGAAUUGAAUGCACUUUGAUUAUCAUUUGCACGUGACUAGUUGGCUCUAAUUAAGCUUAGGCCAUAUUUUACCAAACAAAACCUUGCGUCUGCUACCAUUAUGUCUGCUACCACUGUGUUUCGUCUUAAUCUUGCUAGAAGAUUUGGACCCGCCAGAGGACCCGCUAGAGUUUACUACUAUGACAUACGCUUGUCAAAUAGGAUGUCUUAGAAAGGAUACUUGGCAGUGGAGUCCUCUGCCUUUCCUGGUUUCUUUUCCAUGAAGAGCGAUGCCAUUUAAGUAGAAGUAUGCUCUUCCCAUCUUACAUAAUAAUUAUACGCAAAGGUUUCUGCUUCCAAUCGCAAGGGAAACAUGUCUGGAAGUAUUUUAGUGAACUUUCUUGAAUUGCUUUGUUGCUGAUUCAGCGUAUUUUAUUUGCACUACGUGAAUUAGAUGUGAAGUGUGAAGGAGUUGGCUGAUUUUAAAUCCUUUGAAGAUUUAUCUUUGGGUAUUUUUCUUUUUAUUUUACCACACAAUUUUGAGAUUAAUAUGAUUUGGGGUGUCCUACAUUAUAAGACAGCCAUUACUGAGAGUUUUUCCUUUACAUUUCAUUUUUUUCUUGAUGCAAUUAGGAGAAAUCAUUAUCUUCCUUUUUUUUUUUUUACAUUUAACAGUCCUGAGAUUCAAUAUUAUAAUGAAUAUUUUAGAUUGCUUUUGAGAUGAGCUGCUUUUUACAAGUUGCUGGCCUUCUUUAAAAUGCAGAUUUCCAUUGUUUAUACUGUAGAAUAUCAAAUCUUUUUUAAAAAAAGAAAAUCCUUGCUUUUAUUAAACUAUUUCCUUUUAAUAUUUAUUGGGAGGUUGCUAGGUAAUCAGUUUAAGACUAGACAUAAAGACAACAGUAAGUGUUUUUUAAAGUUAGAGACUGGGCAAUAUUAAUGGUAUUGGGAUGAUUAGAACAUAUGUUAAAAUACCUUUCUCACUGUGUUGCAAUGUCACUUUAGUACUUUUCUCUUGCUGAUCUCUGAGUAAAUAAUACCCCUUAGAAGAAAUGGUUUGGAAUCCUUAUAUGAAUAUUAGAUAUAUUUUUUUUACCAUUAUAUAGAUUCUGCUUCUUUUAAAAGGGAACUUAGAAUUCUGUCUAUUUGUGUUUUCAUAAUUGCACUCUAGCAGCUGCCAAAUAUAGUGGCCAAAUCCAGCUAAAGUUCAUUAUAUAAAGUUAAAUUACUUUCACUAACUUGACCUAGAUGGUUUUCCAUAAAUAAUGACUUGGAAGUCCCAAUAAAGUCAUUGGGCCUAACUUUUGGAAAAAAUAUAAUGGAUUGCUGUGUUAGUAACCUCUGCCUUUAACUGGAUUUAGGAUCCAAAGCUGCAAGCCAAUUUUAAGUAAGGAAAUUCAUUUGCCAUUAAAUCAGUGGUGCUUUUACCACUGCUAGUGAAAGUUACAUUCAGUAUCAUAGCUUGUCGGUCUUUAAUGAAUUAAUUUCACACUGGCUCCUACAGUGCACAUUCCGCCAAAUAAUUAUCCUGUUAGCUUUAUGCUGCAACUGAUAUAGCUACUCAGAAAUAAGCCCCAUCAGUACAGUUGGAUUUCAUCAUAUGUUAAUUGAGUCAAAAAUUUGCAAUUUUAAUCCUGUAAGACAGCCCACACGAUUAAAUCUCAUGUUGUAGAUUCUGUUCUCAACUUACAGUCUUUGGGAUGAAGAUUGAUUCAAAUCAGGAUUGUCGGUGACCAUAGUCAUGGCCCAGCUAGAAAUUGGUUUUAGAUUCUCAUUUAAUUCCUUCUGUGUUGUUAAUAUUUUUAUGAAUAGACAACACUUUCUGAAGCAAUGUCACUGUUUCCUCUGAUUACUGUUCUCAGCAGUCCAAAGCAGCAUAUGUAAAAUAAAUAAAGUUAAACCAAAACUGCUCAAGCCCUAAAGCCACUUGCUUGAUAGGGAAGGAGAAAUGGAGUUGAGAUUUGAAUCCAUUUCUCUCUUUCAAAAUCUGUGGUUUAGCUUUUUGAAAAAAAA